GCGUAGUGUGAGAGAUGUGUCGUCUGCUAGAAAGGUAUCUUUUAUUUUGUGAAUGCCCAGUUUUUAUCAAGCAGCAGAACACGUGUAAUCAGUUGUCAUAGAUUGACGGUAUUUUUACCUGUAAAAAGGACCCGCGAUUGACGACAAUCUAAUGUCCGAGAAGAAGAUACUGUGCAUUUGCCUCGGCAAUAUUUGCCGCUCACCUAUAGCUGAGGCAGUGUUUGCUAAAUUGAUCAAGGAGAGGGGCCUCGACGAAACCUGGAGUGUUGACAGCGCAGCUUUAGGAUCUUGGCAUGUAGGAAACUCACCCGACCCGAGAGCUCUCUCGACUUUGAAAAAGCACAAAGUCCCUUACAAUAAUAGGGCUCGACAAAUAACCAAAGGAGAUUUUGAAAAGUUUGAUUAUAUCUUUGGUAUGGAUGAUGAAAAUAUGUCUGCUCUUCAACAUAAAGCACCCAAAAGUUCAAAGGCUGAAUUGCUUCUACUUGGUUCUUUUGAUCCAGAAAAUGAUAGAAUUAUUCGUGACCCCUACUAUGACGAUGGUGAUGCUGGGUUCGAGAAGUGCUACCAACAGUGCAUGAGGUCCUGCGCUGCGUUCCUGGAUAAACACGCUGCUUGACCUGUCCAUACACGGUACAUUCCAAUUUGAUACAAAUUCUAUUUUGGCUCUCUACUUUUAAUAAACAGCUUCUACUUUCUGUUGCAAA